AGGGAGCCACACCAGUUGUGCCCCCUAACCUCUCACCCCGCCAGCAACCCCAGAACGCGCAUGCGCUGACUUCAGUCGCGGAACAUGAUUGGCAGCCUGUUAUUCUAUGUGCUCUACCCAUUAUCACGGUACCUGACCGGUCGACCCUCAGAGGCCUUAAAGAAAGGUCUCCGUCCUGCAGUGGUUAAUGGCACAGCAGUGUGGGAUGGUGGUGCUGUCACAACCGGGAGGUUCACCCAGUCUCAGACAACCGUGCUGGACCAGUGCCUCUGCCCAAGCAGUAGGACGAAGGCAGAAACGAAAGAAAGGAUGAAAGAGCAAAGUCCAGAAAAAGAAAAUGAUAGAAGAAUCAACACGGACAAAGAACAGCUGGUUGCUGUCCUGCGUGAAGAAACAGAGAAUGAAGCUAUAAAGACGAGUGAGAUGCAACAAGAAAAAGUGGAAGUUUCCAAGCAAGACGAUAUGUGUGUGGUGCUGCAUAGGAAGCAAAACACAGAGGAUGGAACUAUUUUUCCAACGGAGGAUAUCAGUCCAGAGCAAGCACUUGGAGCUCUGUUAAAGUGUCUGCAAACAGAUGACAGCAUACAAGAAACUGCCCAUACAGUACGGGAACAACUACAGAUACACACCUUGGAAGAGUCAGUAUUUCCAGCUGAGGACAUCAUACAAGAUACUACCUGUCCAGUACAGAGACACAUACAGUCACCAAGCGUGGAAGAGUCUUGGACUCCAUCUGAAACUGCCGAUAAAAUAACUGAGUGCUGGGAUGAAUACGUAGUUCCCGCGCCUGAUGAAAUGCAUGAUGGGGCAAGCAGUUCUGAGCUGGCAUUUGCCUCUCUUAUCUUUAACACUCAGACCCACCUUAAAUUCGGUGGGCAACACGAUACGCAAACUGGCUGGCACUUCCCUGCAGGACCUGACUUAGCAGAAGAGGUGCAGUGCCCGCUCUGGCAAUUUCCUGCCGUGAGCUAUUACCCUCCAAUAGAUGCGACAGAGCCCUUUGAAGUAAUGUGGAGAGUAUGGGAGGAGAUGGAUGAGAGUAGCGCUGCAGCAGAGCCUUCCCUGAUACCCUUCCCAUUCACAAAAGCCUCGAUUGACUUCACGGUCAUGUCCUACAACAUCCUCGCUCAGGAUUUACUCGAGGCCAACCAGGAGCUGUACAUACAUUGUCCUCUGGAGGUGCUGGACUGGAGCUACCGCUGCAGCCUACUCCUAGAGGAAAUACUGAAGUGGGCACCUGAUAUUCUGUGUCUCCAAGAGGUUCAGGAGAACCACUACCAUGAACAGCUGUAUCCAGCCCUGUCUCAGAUGGGCUACACCUGUGUGUACAAACGACGUACAGGCACCAAGACAGACGGCUGUGCUACUUGCUAUCGAAACAGUUGCUUCUCUGAGGUAUCAGUCACCCCAUUGGAAUUGUUCAGGCCUGAGACGGAGCUUCUGGACCGGCACAAUGUGGGCAUUGUUUUGCUGCUCCGGCCAGUGGUCACCCAGGGGUCCAAAACCAAGGUGAAGGACUCACUCCUCUGUGUGGCCAACACCCACCUGCUCUUCAACCCUAGGAGGGGUGACGUGAAGCUGGCCCAGUUAGCAAUAAUACUGGCAGAGAUCGACAGCAUGGUCAAGUCCUGUAAGGCCAAAGGUGAACACUGUAACAUUAUAUUGUGUGGAGACUUUAACUCGGUCCCACACAUGCCUCUGUACCAGCUGAUCACCACCGGUGAGCUCUACUACCAGGGUCUACCAGCAUGGAUGAUAUCAGGUCAAGAGGACCUGUCCUACAAAAUCUAUUGUCACAGACUGUUUGCUCCCCUGUGGCCCAGCUGUCUGGGAAUCACUGACAAAUGCCAGUACACUACUGUCAAGGACAAAUUUGAGAACAAGAGCCAGAAAUCAGGGAAAUGUCAGUACAACCAUGACUUUAUGGUACGGCUGCGCUAUUGUCCAGCUGCAUGUGUCCGUCCUGUGGACCUGGAGCUGAUCCCAGGUGUGACUGACAACACACCAGAUGCUUCAAGGGGAAAUCAGCCUUAUGAUAAAAGUUUCAGACAAACCAUCAGUCAUCAGUUAGACCUGGAGUCGGUCUAUAAACAUAUUCUCCCAGGCUCUGGCACCUCAGAAGUCACAACCCUCCACUCUGAAGUGGGAGCCACUGUCGACUAUAUCUUCUACUCCCCGAGACGCAUCUUAACCCCUUAUCAAACAGCUGGUGGCGACUUCGUGAGUGAGGGUCUGAAGUUGAUUGCUAGUCUCUCCCUCCUAUCGGAGGAUGUCUUAUGGUCAAUGAAAGGCCUUCCUAAUCACAUAUUCCCCUCUGACCAUCUGAGUCUUGUGGCCAAAUUCCAGCUGGACCUGAAUGCUGCAUGAUAGAAAAGACUGUGAGUGAGGAUAAGCAUAUUUCCCUUCAAAGGAAUCAAGUCUUGCUCUGUACACAUUUGGUUUUUGUUUUUUAUUAGUAUGAAUGCCAUUACUUGUGGUUCAGUCUUGGCAGCAGAGGAUCAUAGUUUUCUAACUGAAUUAAAGUUAAUAUUUUUGUUCAAAAGUGCCAGGAAAAACAAUGAAUGCCAAUAUUCAGUCUCUUUCCACAGGGUUUUCAUCAGAUACAUGAGCCAUGAGCGCGAUAUAACAAAUCUUAUUAGUGGGGAUUUAAAAAAUGUAGCCAGUGAUUUCUUUCUUUUUGGUGUAAUAGAACACUGCCCUUUUCAUUUUGUUGAUAACUGCUCUUUCACAUUUUAGUUUAUUUUAAACCUAAUUUUGAAAUGAGAAUUAGAUUUCUCUGAUUAUGAGUUAGUUCUAUU